CUUCCCUGGCGCGAUCUUCGUUGUUUCUUUCCCGGCUUCGUUGGCUGCGUGUGGCCCGCGGGCGAAAACUUUCUGAAACGGCCUCGGGAAACCCGGCUCGGGCGGGGCAGGAAUGAGCUAGCGGUCCGUGUCACCCACACGCUCACGCACCCUCCCUGCCUGGCCGCGCCUCUGCGACCAGGUAACCCAAUGAAAGAAGAAAAUGAAAGGCAUUAAGAAAAGUCUUACAGAAGAAUAUCUAUACUUGGACUUUUCUCACCAAAAAGAAGGGUGCAUCUUUCCUCUUCAUACAUCUAUAACUUUAUUUUUGUUAUCAUACUGUGACUGCAAAAUCUUUAAAGUUUGCUUAGUCCUCACUGGAGAAAGCACAGGCAUUUCACUACUUAAAAGUGUACUGUCUGAGGAUGUUGAAAUACAGAUUAUUUCAAGGCAAGAGCUUCCACCAAUAGUCCAGAGUUGCUGUUUACCUGCAGUAGUAGAAAGACCAGACGAUUUCUGUAGAGCAGGACUUGCUGUUGUUCUGAGACACAUAAUCCAGAAAUCAUAUGAAGCAGACCCCUCAAAGAAGGAAAUUUUGGAACUUCUGGGUUUUAAGAAGACUUGCUUGAAAGCCUGUGCUGAAGUUAGUCAGUGGACCAGGCUAUGCGAACUUACCAUCCCUUUAGCUAUUGAGAAUUUUCUCAAAGAAUCUUCUGACCAGCCCCCAGCUAUCCCUGCUGAAAUACUAGAGCUUGAGAAGAAGCUUAGUGAGCCCGUUAGGGUACAUAAUGAUGACAAACUCCGGCGGCAGAAGCUGAAGCAGCAGAAGGCUGCUGGGGUUAGGCCUUCCCUUUCUAAGGAAGAAACGAAGAGCAAGGUCCAUAGACAGGAAACAUCUGAAGAGGUGGACUCUUCAUCAGCGAGCCUGGAACUGAGAGUGGCAUUUUCAAAGCUCACAGUACAUGAGGAACCAGCUCCUGCCAACAGGGAGCCUGCUCACGUCAGAAAAGCGAAAGCUUCUGACCUUCCACCUCUGGACCAUGUGUUUGUAGAAGGCCUGUACUUCACUUUGGCAGAUAUUGUGCUCUUGCCCUGUAUCCAUCAUUUUUUGGUAAUUAUCUGCAAGAAACUUUCUGAAAAGCUGGUAGAAUUUCCACUGCUGGCUGCCUGGUACCAGAGAAUUCAGGAAGUGCCAAGAGUAAAAACAACAGCUUCUCAGUGUGGGAUCCAAUUUCUCAAUUUACCAGAAUUACAGACCACCUCGAAUGAACAGCAACCAAGCUUAGAUGAGGUCCCAUGUGUAGAGGAGCAAAAUGAUCCUUCAUUUAUAGGAGGACCAAGACCCACCAUGACUAAGUUAAUGGAAAAAGGCAUUGAAGUGAUGUUUUCUCCCCACCCUUGCCCUACUUGGACCCUUGACUGGGAUGCUCUUCCUGCAGCAGUGAGCCCAAAGGAAGGUAAAAUGUCCAGUGAUCGAGCUUUGAGGAAGCAGCAACAGUUAAACAACCUUGUUUAUGUGGUGACAAAUCAGGCCAAACCUGGUGACAGAAUUGUGGAUUUCUGCAGCGGUGGGGGCCAUGUUGGGAUUGUCCUUGCUCACAUGCUGCCAUCAUGCCAGGUUACAUUAAUAGAAAACAAGGAAUUAUCAUUAAUUCGUGCUAAGAAGAGAAGUGACGAACUAGGGUUAAGCAACAUUUGGUUCAUUCAAGCAAAUAUGGAGUAUUUUACAGGGACAUUUAAUAUUGGGGACUAAGUGCUCAAUAUAGAAAACUACAUAAUAAUAUAAAGAAGAAUCACCAGUAUUUCUGCUAGGGAGAGAUAAAUACUGUCAAAACCCUUUAGUCUUUAUGUAUUUAUGCACACAAACAAAUGCAUGUUUACACAUACGUUAACAUUAUUGAGGUCAUACUACAUAGGUCCUGCUUUACCUGAAAUUGUCAUAAAUACUUUACUCAUUAAUCAUAUUUCUUUUUUGUUGUUAUUAUAAUAUAAUUGUUACUAUUAUAUAUAUCUUAUGCAUCACUUAAGAUUUUUGAUACCUUUGCCUAAUCACUUUCUAGGUAGGUUGUGCUAAUUUGCAUUCCCAACUGUAUAUGUUCAUAUAACAUAUACAGUGGGCUUGUCUAGGUGGAAUUCUUGUCCAAUCUCAGAAGUUCAGACCUUUUGUAGUACUUAUGAUUUUUGUCCAAUGAAAUUCAUUUCUUAAAUACCAACUACUGCAAAGUUGUGGGGUUUAUUGUUAUUUUUAUAGCCUAAAAAGUAUACAGUUUGUUUCCUUUGUAGAUAUAAUAUAGAUUGGUUAUCUCAAGCCAAGCUUAUAGAAAGAGAAGUAAACUUUUACGAAAACUGUUAAUAAAGAUAUUCAGGAAAAUAUAGACAUCUGAUAUAGCAAAUUCAAAUUAAAUAUAUAUUUAUAUGCUGCUUAAAUUUUACAUAAAUGAUGAGGUAGAGGAUAAAGCUUCUCCCACAAAACAAGCCAUUAAACCAAUGCCCAUGUUACCAGUACACCAGGCAGAAUGUAUAAGGUAGCAAGAUACUGCUGCCUAUUUACUCACCUCUCAAAUCACAAAAUUCCCGGCCUAUCAGCCAUACAUCUCUUUACCCUUCUGUGGCUUAAAGGUGAUAAAUCAUUCUGGCAUAUUCUUGUAACUUUCAAGGUCAUAUAAUUCACUAACACCAACUAACAAUGUAUAUGUCUUUUGGGAAGUGAUAUUUUUCCCAAAUAUCAUAGUAAUGUAUCCAUAAUGGGUUUUUUCUUUCAUAAUUACUUUGUCAAGAUAUAUGGAAAAUGAAUUAAAAUUACUUGGAGGGUUAAACCAAAAUUAGAUUUACUCUCAAGAAUAUAAUUUGCGGGCUUCCCUGGUGGUGCAGUGGUUAAGAAUCCACGUGCCAACUCAGGGGACAUGGGUUCGAGCCCCGGUCCGGGAAGAUCCCACAUUCCG